UGUACGAAUGAGGGCGUGUAGGUCUAACUCCCCACCCUCGACACCGCCACACUUUAAACCCAGCGCUUUCACUUCAAAUUCCUGCCCCACCCCGCGAGAGGGGCGGAGGCCGGCCAGGUUCUAGGGUUCAGGACCCCGAAACCCACCCUCUUACCCCGCCGAGGCGGCCGACCCGCGCCCACUCCGGGACCUCCCGACCACCCUUCCGGGCAGGAGCAGGACGCGAAGCCCCCCUGAGCCAAGGACGCCAUGGCCACGUCAGCCCCCCUGCGCAGCCUGGAGGAGGAGGUCACCUGUUCCAUCUGCCUCGAUUACCUGCGGGACCCUGUGACCAUCGACUGUGGCCACGUCUUCUGCCGCAACUGCACCACCGACGUCCGCCCUGUGUCGGGGGGCCGCCCCGUCUGUCCCCUCUGCAAGAAGCCAUUCAAGAAGGAGAACAUCCGGCCCGUGUGGCAGCUGGCCAGCCUGGUGGAGAACAUCGAGCGACUGAAGGUGGACAAGGGCAGGCAGCCAGGAGACGUGGCCCGGGAGCAGCCAGACACCAGGCUGUGUGAGCGGCACCGGGAGAAGCUGCAUUACUACUGUGAGGAUGACGGGAAGCUGCUGUGCGUCAUGUGCCGCGAGUCCCGGGAGCACAGACCCCACACGGCCGUCCUUGUGGAGAAGGCCGCCCAGCCCCACAGGGAAAAAAUCCUGAACCACCUGAGUACCCUAAGGAGAGACAGAGACAAAAUUCAGGGCUUUCAGGCCAAGGGAGAAGCUGAUAUCCUGACUGCACUGAAAAAGCUCCAGGACCAGAGGCAGUACAUCGUGGCUGAGUUUGAGCAGGCCCGCCAGUUCCUGCAGGAGCGUGAGCAGCACCUGCUGGACCAGCUGGCCAAGCUGGAGCAGGAACUGGCAGAGGGCCGCGAGAAGUACAAGAGCAGGGGCAUCGGGGAGCUGGCCCGGCUGGCGCUGCUCAUCUCUGAGUUGGAGGCCAAGGCGCAGCAGCCGGCUGCAGAGCUCAUGCAGGACACCAGGGACUUCGUGAACAGGUAUCCCCGGAAGAAGUUCUGGAUUGGAAAACCCAUUGCUCGGGUGGUUAAGAAAAAGACGGGAGAAUUCUCAGAUAAACUUACGUCCCUGCAGCGAGGCCUGAGAGAGUUCCAAGGGAAGCUGCUGAGAGACUUGGAAUAUAAGACAGUCAGUGUCACGCUGGACCCGCAGUCGGCCAGUGGGUACCUGCAGCUGUCGCAGGACUGGAAGUGUGUGACCUACAGCGGCCUCUACCAGGGCACUUACCUGCACCCGCAGCAGUUUGACUGCGAGCCGGGCGUGCUGGGCAGUAAGGGCUUCACCUGGGGCAAGGUGUACUGGGAGGUGGAGGUGGACCGGGAGGGCUGGUCCGAGGAGGAGGGGGAGGGGGAGGAGGAGGAGGGGGAGGAGGAGGAGGAGGAGGAGGAGGACGGGGAGGGCGACGGGGACGGGGACGCGGGCUGGGAGACCGACGAGGACGAGGAGUCCCUGGAGGGGGAGGAGGAGGAGGGGGCGGGGGAGGGGGAGGGGCUUCUGGAAAGCUGCAUGGUGGGGGUGGCCAGAGACUCUGUGCAGAGGAAGGGGGACCUGUCCCUGCGGCCGGAGGACGGGGUGUGGGCGCUGCGCCUCUCCUCGGCGGGCGUCUGGGCCAACACGGAGCCCGAGGCCGAGCUCUUCCCGGCGCUGCGGCCCCGGAGGGUGGGCAUCGCCCUAGACUAUGACGGAGGCACCGUGACGUUCACCAACGCGGAGUCACAGGAACUCAUCUACACCUUCACCGCCACUUUCACGCGGCGCCUGGUGCCCUUCCUGUGGCUCAAGUGGCCUGGGACACGCCUCCUGCUGCGGCCCUGAGCCCACCGCUCGCUGCCUCCCUCCUCGGGGAUUCCAGGACCGUGACAGGGAGGGGUGUCUGGCCACAGCACCUGGAGCAGGUGCACCACCAUCCCACACCCCCCCCCCCCGCCCCCGUGGCUGCGACCCCUUGAGUCUUGCUCGGUGCCGCGCUCCGUCACACAGCUCCUCCCCCAGCCCCGGGGCUUCCCAAGCAGAUUUCUGACCCCGGAGUCCACGAGGGCCCCUCUGCUGCCCACGGCCUUUGGCCCAGCGCUGCACACUCUUUGUUGAAAGGAGAUGAGACAGCGUUUUGUCGCCCAGUCUGGCGUCCCAUGCUGGCCUGCCCCUGAGACCCCUCGCCGCCCUCCCUCCCCCCGCAUCCCCCUCGCUGACAUCCGCUCUGCUGCCGGCCUUCCCUGCCACCCCAACUCAGAGUGACACGCGUGAACGUGAGCAGAGCGAAAACCCACCACGGUUUCCGGGCCAUUUGAAUAAGCCUCCUGGAGCGCCGUGGAGUCGCCAGGCCCCCGAGUGGGCGCCUCGCUUCUGAGACCAGGGGCCAACGUCUGACGUUUCCACAUCGAAGAAGCCAGGACCCUCGGAGCCUCUUGGGGGAGGGAUCUGGAGACCCGUGGCUUUGCGGCCACACAUGUGGUCAAUGAUGAAUAAGUGACCUGAGGGUGGGGCCUUGGGAGGGGAAAUUGUAGAGGGAAGUCAGAAUAUCCUGCUCUUGAUCGGUCAUCUAAAAUCACCAGGGCAGACAUCCAGUCCAGGAGAACCUCCCCCUCAGAAGCCCUGCCCAGUGCCUCCAGCAGGGUGGAAGCUUGGGCUCCGUUGUCCUCGGACAAGGGCGGUGGGAGAGGAGAGGAUGCCAGCGGGGCUCCUGGAGCUCACCUGGUCUUCGUGCUGGUCUUCCUGUUGGGAGAGGGCUAGAGGGUGGCCUCAUUGCACCCACACGCCCCCUCCUCCAGCGGGACACCCACAGCCUUUGUCCGCACCUGUCCCAGGCCCAGCACCAGCGUCCUGCACCCCAGCACCUCGGCCCCCACAUCAUCUGUAAAUGUCCCUCUGACUUCUGCCUCUACUUUUUACCCUCCACAGCACCUCCUGCAGUGCUGGGCACACAGCAGGUGGUCAAUAAAGACUUGUGGAACGAACA